AUGCAUCUCCCUCGGAGCUGCAUCGUCCUCCUCAUCCAGGGGAGCAUCUCCCUGCUGGUGGUCAGUGGCCAAGACGGACCGGGGAAAGCUGCAGAGCAACGUGAACCCGAGACUGAGGAGAGAGCUCAAGUGCAGAAGACCAGAGGGCUGCUGCCUCCCAAGUCCCUGUUAACUCCAACCUUGCUGCAGAAUAUGACCCUCCUGGAACUGGUGAGCAGCUCACAGGAGGUAUGGGAUAUCCUGGAAAACCUGUCCGAGAGGGACCACGCUCCACACCCCAGAGGACAGAGGGACUUGGGGCCAGCCUCAGGCAAGCUGAAGAAAAUUUUUGGCUGGGGAGAUUUCUAUUCCAACAUUAAGACAGUGAAGCUGAACCUCUUGAUCACUGGAAAGGUGGUUGAUCACGGCAACGGCACAGUCAAUGUCUUCUUCCGACACAACUCUACCGGGCAAGGGAACAUCUCUGUCAGCCUCGUCCCUCCCACCAAGGCAGUGGAGUUUGACCUGGAGCAACAGAUCUUCAUCGAGGCCAAAGAGUCCAAAGUCUUCAACUGCCGUGUGGAGUACGAGAAGGUGGAUCGUGCCAAGAAGACCACGCUCUGCACUUACGACCCAUCUAAAACCUGCUACCAUGAGCACACCCAAAGUCACGUCUCCUGGGUCUGCUCGAAGCCCUUCAAAAUCAUCUGCAUCUACAUUACCUUCUACAGCAUAGACUACAGGCUGGUGCAGAAAGUGUGUCCCGACUACAACUAUCACAGUGAUGUUCCCUACUACCCCUCAGGAUGA